AUGAGGUCCUUCCAUUUUUUGCCGCUUCUUCCUUUUGCACUUGCUGCGCCCCCUCUCGUCGAUCCAUAUCUUGAGAUGUGCGGCAUAUCCAUCACAUACUCCGCCAUAACGAGCACUCUUCUACUACCACCGCAAACAAUCUCUCUCUGCGAGAAUUCGAGCAAUUGCGCCAUCCCUACCAUUGGUGCUGGAGGAGGCUCCCCCGCAGCUCCGCAGGCCACCGCCACCCAAGUCCCUGGGGGCAAUCCUCCUGCCGGGCAGCCAGGUUCUAGUCAAGCUCCCGGCGGUAACCCUCCCGCCGGACAGCCUGCUGCCAGUCAAGCACCCGGAGGCAGUCCACCCGCCGGACAACCCGCUGCCAGUCAAGCUCCCGGCGGUAACCCUCCCGCUGGGCAGCCCGCUGCCAGUCAAGCACCCGGGGGCAAUCCACCCGCCGGACAACCCGCUGCCAGUCAAGCUCCCGGCGGUAACCCUCCCGCUGGGCAGCCCGCUGCCAGUCAAGCACCCGGGGGCAAUCCACCCGCCGGACAACCCGCUGCCAGUCAAGCUCCCGGCGGUAACCCUCCCGCUGGGCAGCCCGCUGCCAGUCAAGCACCCGGGGGCAAUCCACCCGCUGGGCAGCCCGCUGCCAGUCAAGCACCCGGAGGCAAUCCCCCUGCCGGGCAACCAGCUGCCUCCUCUGGUGGUUCGAAUGGCAAUUCGCCAGGCGCAACAGUCUCUUCCCCGGCGGGCUCUGGUAGGCCCUCCUCGGUAUCGGCAUCUUCCGCAUCUCGGUCAUUUGGAUUCAAAUGGAAUGAGCUUUGUGUCAUGGGAUUCGCCGGCGCAGUCACUCUUUUUCUGAGCCUGGUAGUCUAA